AAUUAAAAAAAAAUAUAUAUGACCUUGUUUAAAACUGUCUUCUUUAGAUUGCCCGACGGCGAGAUACCUUGUUUAUAUGAUUGCCUGUAGUCUUUGUCCCACUAGCCGUAGGGAAAUAACCAUAUCCGAAACAUAAAAAACAUCCCUUUUUAAGUUAGUGUCAAGAACCGAGACGAUACUCUAUAUAAGUCUUUUCGUGCAGAUUAACAUUAAAUAUCGAAGAUUUUAGAGUUAGAGUAACUUAAUUUGGUAAUCAUGCUCGUAUAUAUCGUACAAAGAUAAAUUCUGUAUUAUAUAUAAAUAGAUAAAAACGAGUCUAAUUUUAGAACUAGAGCCUCGAAUUCCGGUACAUAUAAUACAAAAGCAUCUGCUAUAUAUAAUAUAUUUUAAUACUUCGUGGGAAUUUGGUUCAGAUGACAUAAAAACUGAAUACACGUUUCUUUAGACGUACUUAACCUGUUAACUGUCGAAAAUCUGACUUCCUAAAAUAGUAUAAAAAGUUCUAAGAUGUUAUGCUGGUUCAUCAGUCAAAGUUGGUAUCCCAAUCGAUAACUGCACAAUAUACAAUAUGUUCAAAAUCUUGAUGAUCUGCGCUAUUGUCGGCCUGGCCGCAGCCUUCCCAGAGGGAACCCCUGAUGAAGUCAUCCUUCGCAGUGAGGAUGUGCGUCCAGAUGGCUUUGAGUCCAAACUGGAGCUCACCAAUAGCAUCAAUGAGCAGCGUUCAGGUGAUGAACACGGCAACAUCAAGGGUAGCUACAGCUUUGUUGCCCCCGGUGGCGAGCAUGUCGUGAUCAGCUAUGUGGCUGAUGAGAAUGGUUACCGUGCAGCUGGUGAUGUUCUGCCAACUCCCCCACCAAUUCCAGUCGAGAUCCAAAGGGCUCUUGAGUGGAUCGCUGCUCAUCCUUAUGUUGAGAAGGAGGAGGAAGCCGAGGAAGAGCAUGAGGAAUAAGCUUUUGCUAUUCCAACUGUUACUUUCUAAAUUAUUGAACUAUUGACAAUCGAUUAAUAUUUAUGAUUUCCAUAAUUGAAUCCUGAUUUUAUAUUUGUAUAAAAAUAUAUGCAGCAAAUUGCUUAAAGCGAACCUUUUGAGACUAUUUCUUUACUGUUAAUUCUGGGAUUGACGUCGCUCUCUACUGUGUUGACGUCAAACAAGUUAAUUAUUUCAAACAGCACGAGUCUUUAUUGAAGCUCGAUUAUUUGUUUUGAACAAUUAAUUAUCAAGUUUACGCAAGAAAUUUGCAUGAAUAAACUACUAUAUUUGCUAAAAAAUAUUAUAUAUCAG